UCAGUGCGGUAGCUCAGUAAUGACUCUCCUGGACGGGUAAGUGUGAGUGUGGAGCUCCGUGGCUGUACGUCCCUCACUUUUAACUAGCAAGAGUUCACUUGUGGAGUUCAGCACGUCGCUAAAAGUCAGUGAGCUCCAGCCUCAAGCACAGCUCUGGGGAUGUUGUUUCCUUGGAAGGCGCUCAGGAGAAAACGCGCGAAGCAGCUUUCCGUUUUUUAAGUUUUUCUCCUCCAGGUAACGUCAGUUAGGAUUUUGGUGCCUUUUCUGGACUUUGGUAACACUUUUUUGGCACCAUGGGGGACGUAGUAUCUACCCACUUGGAUGAAGGAAGGCGAGAGGUGAUCUCAGCACAUACCAGGCAGGUGAUGGCCGAGUUUGGGAAGGUGUAUGAGCAGCAGUAUGCAGUGGCUCUCUUUAACAGCGUACGCUUUGAGAUCGAGGGAGGGGGGAGCGCACAGUCCCAGCUUUUACACCGAAAGGAUCCAUUGCAGGACAAGUCGAUUUUCUCAGGAGACCUGUUUCAAUAUCUGGAGGAGAAUAAGAAAUGGCGGAACCGCUUCAUCUAUGUGGCUGACUCUUACAACAUCAGCUACUAUGAAAACAAACUGGCCCAUGACCGAGGCCUACAUCCCAAAGGAGUCAUCAACUGUGCAGGAUACAAGGCCCUGACCUCCAUGGAUGAGUACCUGGAACUGCUCAACAGCUGCCUGCCUGACACAAAGGCAAAAGCAGGGAACUCCCCAUUUCUGAAGUGUGCCUCAAGCUACCUGCUGAUCCUGUGGCACCCCUAUGCUCGCCAUCACUACUUCUACGUGAGGACUGAAAAAGAGCAGAAGAAAUGGCUCGCUGUCUUCCAGGACUGUGUCAGACAUACCAACAAUGGUCUGUCAGAGGAGAACAAGGUGCUGACACCAGCCUUCACUGACUCUGUGCGGCUCUACAGGCAGGCAAAGGGCCACUACGGAACAUGGGACAUGAUGUGUGGAGAUCCACCACGGAUUCUGGCUAACUUAGUGAUGGAGACACUGCAUCAGGAGCUCAGGGCGCUGAUAGGACCUCGGCUAAAGGGCAAGCUUCAGCAGAGACAGCGGGACUGGAUGCUGAUUUCAGAUGCAGUGUAUAGGCAGGUGCUGGCUCAGACACGAGUGCAGUAUGAGGGACUGGUGCAGACCUGUGAGGCAAAGCGCCCCCGUCUGGACGCUUCCCUCCGCACAGACAUGGACCAAAUCAUCACCUCUAAAGAGCACAUUUCUGGAAGGAUCCGUGCAUUGGUGCAUCUACGGGCCGAACAGCUCCUCAGGAGCAAUGUGCAGCCCUACAUCACCUCCAUCCUGGAAGCUCUGAUGGAACCGGCAAGCCGAGGCUUCUCUGAGGUCAGAGAGGUCCUCUUCCGUGAGAUGGUAGAGGUCAGCAAGAACACACUCAAUGAUGGAGGCAAGGAGGCCCUGGGAAAGCACAUGGAGAAGAUCUCCAUGCUGGCCUUCCACCCAGUGAAGAUGCAGAGCUGCUACGAGAAGAUGGAGCAGCUGAGUCUGGAAGGGCUGCAGCAGAGAUUUGAAGUGUCCAGUCCUUCCGUGUUCAUUCAGAGAGCACAGAUUCUCAUGAGAGAGCAAAUGGACAAUGCUGUGUACACAUUUGAGCAGCUGCUGCACCAGAGUCUGGAAGGACAGUCAGGAGAGCAGCUCUAUAAAGUCAUCCAGCGCUGUCAGGAUCGUGUACUGAAGAAAUAUGACUAUGACAGUAGCACAGUGCGUAAGAAGUUCUUUAGAGAAGCACUUCUGCAGGUCAUCAUCCCAUACAUGCUGAAGCAGCUCUACCCUGUUUAUUCUACUGAACUGCCAAAGUUCAAAGAGCUCAUCUUUGAAGAUUUCUCCCGCUUCAUUUUAGUGGAGAACAUGUUUGAGGAGGUUGUGCUGCAGUCUGUCACCAAAGAUAUAAUGAUGGCGGUGAAGGAGGCAGCUGUCCAGAGAAAGCACAACCUGUACAGGGACAGCAUAGUGCUGACAAACAGUGACCCUAACCUGCACUUGCUGGGAGAAAACCCCAUUGACUGGGCCCAGCAGUAUGGAGGAGGAGAAGAGCAGGCUGGCCUAGGAAACAGAAAACGCAGACAGGUCGUCUCUAUGAUCGUGCCAGAGGGCAUGGCUCCAUUACCCUAUGGGUCAUGCCUGGAAGUACCUGGAGUGGAAGAGAUACCUGAGGAAAAUGAGGCACAAAUGAGUGAAGAAGUUCCAGAGAAGCCCCUCCGCACUUUGGAGUAUCUCCACCAGCAGCCCCUCAGCGCUACAAAGUCCACAGCCCCAAAAGAGCCAGGCAGUCCAGACAGUGUUGAUGGUAUCCGUGAGCUCAUCAACCCAGUGCUGGAAAUAGUCCUUCCAUUAUCAGAGGAGGCUGAUGACCCAGUGCUAACCAAUGGAAUGGUGCAUUUGGAAGAGGGGCAGGAGAUAAAGGCCAUCACCACAGUGACGGAGGUGUUGCCGGGGGACACAGCAGUUGAGAGAGCCAUCCAGGAGCUGGAUAUUGCGGUUGAGGAGGAUGAUGGCGAGAGACUGGUGGAAUGCACAGUAGACUCUGAUGUAGAACUAGUCCCACCCUCUGCUUACUCCAGUCCUAGACACCAUGAUGACAGUGGAUUUCAAUCUCCAACCAAUGAGCACAGAGAAGAAGAGGAGACUCAGCCAUUGAAAGAGGAGCUGAGGGCAGGAGAAGAAACUGUGGAUCCAGAGCAGGUGAUGGUGACACUGGGGCAGGAAGAUAAUGAGUCUAAUGAUGAAAUGGGAGAGACAAAAGAGGACAUCGCUGAGGAUGAUUCAGAUGUUGUGUCAGAGAUUUGAAUCAGGAGAAAAGAAGGAAACAUUCUUUUAUUUCAAAUGAAAGUUUAAAGCUGAUAUUUUUUUGUUAUUAUUUUGUUUUUUUUGGCUUAUUUAUCCCUCAGCAAAACUCUUUUUUAUGUCUGAGAUUGCAGCCAGCCAAGUGAGCAUCAGUUUAUCUAAUUUCUUAUUCUUGUAGUCAGUUUUUUGUUUGGAAAUGUUUAGACAUAAAUGCAGUUUUUGUUAAUGUUAUUUGCUUCUACUCAUAUUAAUGACUUCUUUUGCCUGAAAUAUUAUUGUUUAUGACUACAAAACCUAUUUGUUUUCUCAGAAAUUUCAGAUUUUCUCUUCCAUGUGGAUGUAAUUUAGAAAUCUGUCCUAAUUUAAACAGAAGUCUUACAUGGGGAAAUCCACCAUUUUUUUUUUUGUUUGUUUUCAAAAUUUCUGCACAAUUCACUUGGUGAGAUGUAAACAGUCAUUCAGAGUAGUUUCAUGUAAAUUGGUUCAUUGUAAAGAAACACACUAACUUGGAUUUUCUUUAAAAUGGUGGUGAUAGGAACCAGAGCUCACAGUGUCUACACUUCAAAUAUAGCCAUUUUAUAUGCAAUCUACAAUGACCCGUAAGCCUACACAUCUUAUUUUUAUAUGUAAGCUUGAUAAUGAUAAAACAGUCAUAAAUAUGAAAAAUGAGUAGCGUUUUUCUUUGCAAUGCCCUGCAUGUACCUCUCUGCGAUGAAUGGACUUAAACAUUGAGGUUCUUAACCUUCUUAGCGUUUUAUUUGGGGUGAAAGAUAUUUCAUCACCUCCUCGUUGCCAGACUGAUGGAAAUCCCCUUUAACUCCAGAUUGCUUUUGGGGAAAAACAGUGUGAAUAUGGUAGUGGUGCAAGUACUUAUAACACUAUAGAACUUAUCCCUUGGGGGAAGAAAAUUUCCUUUCAGAAUGAAACACGGCUGUAAGGCUGUCUGAGCAUUAUAGAUACAAUUUCUUGUUGCCAUACUUUUGUGCUGUUUUAGCUCAGAGUUUUGCUUUGUAUUUGCUGACAAUGGAAUAUGACCAUGUUCCAACACUGAUUAUCUGACAAUCUAAAUAUGAAAACACAAGGGAAAUGAGGACCUAGCAUAUGUUUGUAGUCUUGAAAUGGUAUAUUAUUUAUUAUUUUAACAUUUAUGCUCUUCUCUACAUUGUAUUAUUUCAGUUCUUAGUGAAAAUGAGUGUUUUGUUUAUGUAUAACUGACAGUGCCCAAUGCUGUCACAAUUGACCUCCAUAUAGCGCUUAAGAGCUUGUUAUCUUGUUGUGUGACACCUCUCUAAUCUGGUAAUGUCUAGCUUUGUCUUAAGGUUGGACAUGACUAAACUGCCGUUUAAAAACCGGUGCUGACGCUCUGUGACUCAGCAUACUCCUCUUUAUCCUUGUGUGUUCAGCCAAGCUUGAGGGUCUUGUUCACCUUUCUUUUGCUGGACCUGCAGUAAGACAGUGCUCAGUCCCUAAGUCCUGUUAUCUAGAUGAAGAGCAGAAAUUGUCCUUUUUAUUUAACUGUGGGUCCAGUGGUUUUCUCAGCCCAGUUGUCAAAACUUUGGAAUUUGAAAACCUUCAACUUCUGUUUACUAGCUGUAACGACGCAAAGUGAAAGCAGAUUUAUCAAAUAGCAAAAUAGCUUUUUUGUGCUCAGCUGUUGCUUCUUUCAAUACAUUAACAGGUCCUUUUAGUGCCAUGCAGGAGUGAAUCUUUCUUUUUCCUCCGCUAGUUAUUUAUUUCAUAUAUAUUUACAUACUGUUUAAGACUUCUGUUUUGUAAGGCAGCGAUGAAUGAAUAAAUAACUGAUUUUAAAAGCUG